UUCAACUUGAACUGUAAUGAUAAUGAUGAUUUUCGACAAAUGUGUUUAUCGAAUACUACCAUUGACAGAUCUUCAUCACAUUCUCUUCAGUCGUUAUCAUCAUCGUCUCCUUCAUCAUCAUCAUCAUCUUCCUCUUCUUCUUCUUCUUCUUCUUCUUCCUCUUGUAAUACAACUAUACAUUCAAAUCAAUCCAGAUGUUAUGAGUGCAAUAGACGAACCCGAUUAGCUUGCGGUUUUACCUGUCGAUGUGAAAGAUGGUUUUGUUCUAGGCAUCAUCAUCCAGAAGAUCAUAGAUGUAAUUUCAAAUUCAAAACAAUGGUAAAUUGA